CCCACCACAUUUUGCGUGCUAUUCUCAUCGACAUCACUCCAACGCGUGACAUACCAUUCUACUCGCUUUCUCCUAAUAUCACGACAUCUCAGCUCCCAUAAACGAAGAACAAACGCGUCGACGUUGUGACUACCCUCACACUCGUCUCACAUUAAAUUGCAAACAACGUCCACAAUGACACGCGAUUCCUCGGCGACGUACCUGCAUAUGCACCAUUCGCACCACGCCGACCUCCUCGAAUCCUUCACAAACCCAACGAACUCGCAUCUCGCGCCAGAAGACAUAUACAUCCCUCACCACCUGCAGCCUGUGAAUCCCGAAGACGAAGACGACGUGGUACCCGACCAACACGCCGCAUUCGGCAUCCAGCGCGCGACCCAGGGCAGGAAGGAGCCUACGUGGCGCGAUCUAGGGCUGGAGGAGCUUUUGAGACGGGGGCCUGGAGAGGGUGGUAACGGUACAGGGAGUGUGGGUGUGGGAGGUACAGCGGCAAGAACAUUAGCGCAGAGCAGUAACAAUGAACCUGUGAGGUUGGCGCUGCAGAGGCAGCCGGGUGCUAGGACAGCGGGGGUCAGGACAACGGGUGGAGGAGAAGGGCCUGUUGGAGGUGGGGGAGCAGGGAACGGGAUGCCUCGAUGAGCGAGUGAAGAGGAUGAUGUGAUAUCAAGAGCCUGGGAGAAGUCACAGCAUAAUCACUCUGGACUCAUAGGGAUAAAGAGUGUUGAGACAGGAUUAAGGACUCAAGACGCGUGACAAUCGUUCAUCGACCUAGCGAUAACUCACGGACAUCUACAUCGAUGUGCAGCCACUGAAAGUGCACCGUCACUUAGAGAGGUGGAAUGCGAGCCCAAGGCAGAGGUAGUGGACCCAUGACGUAAUCAGCGAUUUCCGAUCUGUGGUCGUGUUCCACGGCUUCUUCGGUUCCUUCAAAACGUCAAUCAAAACAACCAGAAAUGUCUCCACAGCUGAGAUCAUACCUGGAGCUUGUCUCCGCAAACGACAA